AUGGCCAAUCACCUCAGCCGUUUGCAAAUGUUUGUGUGUGGGAAUCUCAUCAUUUCAUCUUGCAGUACUUUUUUUGGGAUAACAAGAUUCAUAAGUAAUGUAACUGUCAUCGGCUGUGGUACGAUGGGUUCUGGAAUUGCUGCAGUUUCAGCCAACGCUGGCUACAGUGUUAACUUGGUGGGCAAAAAGGAUAGUUCUCUCUCGAAAUCCGAAGAAUUGAUAGUCAAAUCGAUCCAGCGUUUAGCUAAUGACAAUCUGGAUAACUGUGUUGCCUCUGCUAUGUCCAGGAUAGAGUUUACCACUGAUUUGAAGUCAGCCGUUUCUGAUUCUGAUAUUGUUAUUGAAUCAAUUACUGAAAAUAUGUCUUCGAAACGCAAGUUAUUCGAGUCCAUCGACCAGCUAGCACCACGUUCAUGUGUAUUCGCAUCCAAUACAUCUUCACUGUCCAUUGGCGAACUUGCCGGUGCGAUAUCUAGAAAAGAGUUGUUUGGGGGCCUUCAUUUUUUCAACCCAGUGCAAACGAUGAAAUUGGUGGAGGUCAUCAAAAGUGAGUACACGUCUAAAGGUACCGUAAAGAUUUUAACGUCAUUCGCCGAGUCCGUGGGGAAGGUGGUAGUACACUGCAAAGACACUCCUGGCUUCAUCGUCAAUCGUCUUCUCGUGCCAUAUCUCAUUGAAGCUAUCGAAAUGUGGGAGCGCGGUGAUGCAUCGAUUGCCGAUAUCGACACUGCGAUGCGUCUGGGCGCUGGUUAUCCCAUGGGGCCGUUCGAGCUGGCCGAUUAUGUCGGUCUAGACACCCUACUUUCUAUAAUUUCUGGAUGGGUCGAACGUUAUCCAAGCGAACAUGCGUUCCGCCUGAAUGCCACAGUAAAGCAGUUCGUUACUUCUCGUCGCUUCGGCAGAAAAUGUGGCCACGGAUUCUACAAGUAUGAUAAAAGAGGACGCAUUGUUCGUGAUGAGUAA